CCUAGGUAAGGUAUUCACUUUCCAACCGCGGGUCUGGUGAUGAUGAUGAUGGUGCUGCUCUAGACAAGAAAUUGACAUACAGACCUGCUCCCGGGCACCAUCGAAACAUGCCCUCCUUCGCCGACGCAACGGCCAUCGUCAGCAAAGGCACGCACCAGUACGAAGGUCACUUCCACGAAGACUGGUGCAUCGGCUCAGUCCCUCACGGCGGCUAUGUAACCUCUGCCAUCCAACGUGUGGCCCGCCUACACUUCUCCACGACCCUGUCCGCCCAGAACCAACCUGACCUCCUCUCCCUCCACCUUGAAUUCGUCCGCCGCACAAGCAUCGGCCCGGUAUCCUUCACAGUCACAGACAUCAAGCUUGGCCGCGCAACAUCCCUCGUCCAGAUCUCCCUGACGCAACACGCCCGCGAGGAAGUCCUCGGUUUCAUCACCCACACAAACCUCGCCUCCGAAUCCGGCGUCAGCUUCGCCACAAACCACACCCUGACUCCUCCCUCGCCGCCCGCAGACCUCCUUGCGCUGACCAAAUGCGUCAACGACGGCGUGCGCAGCAAGACGGACGACGCACAGUGGCACUGCGAGGAUCAGAACUGGGCAUAUGACGCCUACACACAGUUCCCUGAAUUUCGCAAAGCUGCGACAAAGAUAUAUUGGUUCCAUCCGCGGCACGGGCAGGCGCAUCCCAGCAUUGCAGACGAGUGGAUUCAAUUCCGCUCCGGCGAGAAGUGGACAAACGAUACGCUGGGCUACGUGUGCGAUAUGUUCCCGCAGCUCAUCGAGCAGUAUCGCACAAGCGACAAUCUAUCCCCUGCCACACGAGAAUAUUUCAAGGGGAAGAGCUUUUGGUUUCCGACGGUGCUACUGAAUAUAGACAUUAAAAAGGGGUUGCCAGAGGGAGGGGUGGAGUGGUUGUUCACCCGGGUAAGGGCCAAAGCGAUCAAGAAUGGGAGAUAUGAUCUCGAGGUCAUUGUCAUGGAUCCUGCUGGCGAUAUCGUGGCGUUAAGCCAUCAUAUCGUGAUGAUCCUAAGUGCGGAGAGAAAUAUGAAGGCGAGGCGGAAACCAGAUGAGAAGGAGGAGAGUAAGCUAUAGACGGAGAUUAGAUACGAUACCUAGUGUGAUGAUAUAUGUCCGUGCCCUACUGUUGC